CCCAGCUCAACUUCUGCUCAAACAAUUCAAAAAUGUUAGAGGUGGUUCUUCAAGUGCUCUCAAUCAGUGCAAUCACCACAACAAUUGCACUUUUCUUCUGUGGAAUACCAAUAUGUAUGCAAAUUCGUCGUCAGGGAGCCGUAGGUGACAUUUCCGGAGUUCCAUUUCUCAUGGGUGUCUUGGGAGGAUCAUUCUGGCUUCGAUAUGGACUUCUUAAAAUGGAUUACGUCAUGAUUAUAGUCAAUGUUGUCGGUGUUGCCUGUAUGGCUUUCUACUGUGUCUUCUUCCUUAUCUACUCACUUCCUAAGAAAACCUUCACAUGUCAGCUGAUCCUUGUGACGUCAACUAUCGGAGGAAUGGUUUUGUGGAUCGCGUUGAAACCGAAUUUGGACUAUCUUGGCGUCAUCUGCAUGACAUUCAAUAUCAUGAACUUUGGAGCUCCAUUGGCUGGAUUGGGAGUUGUGCUGAAAAACCGUGAGGUAUCAACCCUUCCACUUCCAAUGUGCGUCGCCAACUUUUUGGUCUCUUCUCAAUGGUGCCUCUAUGGUAAUUUGGUGUCGGAUAUCUACAUCAUUAUCCCAAAUGGAAUCGGUAUGUUCUUGGCAAUUGUCCAGCUCGCCCUCUUCGUCGUUCUUCCAAUCCGUGAGAAUGAGAAGAGCCCGUUAGAAAAGCUCGCCAGUUGGUUCACUGGAAGAGAUUCCAAGGUCAAGGAUUUGGAAAGAGGAGACUGUAUCGUCUCAUCCCCACCGUCAUCCCCACAAAAAGUGCCAAAUGAGACACGCUCCGACGUUGAGGACAAGUUCGAUAAAUUGAUGGCUGAAACGUCAUCAACUAUUCCAUCAGACAGUCGACGUGGCAGCAUGGGCAGUCCACCAUCAUACAAGAGCCGAUCGUCGAGUGACCCAGAUCUUUCAUCGAUUCAAUCCCCUUAAUAACAUUUUUGUUCUUUUAAAUUUUAAUCAUUUCAUUCUUUUUUUUUCUGUAAAAAUUGUUGAUUUAUUUCCUUCUUGCUUACCAUUUUCUCUUUGUUUUAAUGUGGCCAAUUUCUUCAAAUUUUCACUUAAAUCCCCAAUUUGUACCGCCUAACUUGACAUUUUUCCGAUCUCCUUUCCUGUAGGUGAACCAUUACAAUUUCCCCCGCGUGUUUUAUGUACAUAUAUAUAUAAUGUCCGGUUAAUAAUGAAUCCAUUUCGAGUGAUUUUCAGUUGAUAAUAAUAAAAUUUUAUCUUCUCCUGAA